AUGAGAGAUCUGGCAGUUUUUCUUGCCAAGGAAGUGGAGCGGCAGUUCAAUACCGAACCGUCCAGCCUAGACAUUGGCCUUUGCGAGAGGCGCUUUCGAGCUCUCGAGCAAAUACAUACGAACACGACGGCCAAAUUAUAUCCACAUCAGUACAAAUCAGGGGUUUUUGGACUCAAUUUGGAGCAAUUACAGGAAGUAAUGGUUGAUGAAGAGUAUCCUGAGCUCCUAAAAAUUACCUCCAGCACUUGUCGUCUCAUUGUCAUAGAAAUUGCAUUGGUGCUCGUCAACCCAAAUUAUUCGAGCAAAAUGGUCCGCUGA